GGUGGCCAGGGCAGCGUCCACAAAGCGGAGUUUGGUGGCGAAACCGUGUGCCUCAAGAAGUUCUUACUGGUCGGCGUCGGAGCGCAGUCCGCGCGCGACAAGAUUGUCUCCAAUUUCAAAAAAGAAGUCGGCAUCAUGGAUAAGCUGCGCAAGCACCCGCGAACCGUCGACUUUGUUGGCAUUUGCACCACGGAUGCGAGUUUUCUCGGCAUCGUCACGCAGUACCUGCCGAACGGGUCGCUCCGCGGCGUCCUCGACGAUGCGCGCGGCGAUGCCAUCACGCCCAAGACGCAGAUCAUCUGGGCCAAGGACAUCGCCAUCGGCAUGGCCUAUCUCCACAAGGAGGGUGUCUUGCAUCGCGACCUCAAGAGUCAAAACGUGCUCCUGACGCACGAGUGGCGGUGCAAGAUUACGGACUUUGGCAUCAGUAAAUCAGAAGCACUCAAGACUAUCGCGACGACCUCAACCAUGCACGGAGGAGCUGGGAUCUCCGGCACGUUUCCGUUCACAGCGCCCGAGGCUUUUAGCUCAAGAACACGUUUUACUGCGAAGUGCGACGUCUAUUCUUACGCGAUCGUGCUCUGGGAGAUCUGGGACCGCGGAAAACCCUGGGACGGCCUCGAUCCGAUGCAGAUCAUGCACGCAGUCGGCAUGGAUCAGGCCCGCCCGAAAGUGCCAGAUUUGAUGCCCGUCGAAGUGCGUGCGCUCAUGUGUCGCGCCUGGUCUCACGACACGGCCGCGAGGCCGGAUUUCGAAGACAUCGUGACGCAGCUA